CGACGACGAUGCUUGUGACGCUGCUUCUCAACGAGACGACACCGCCGACGCCACUCUUUCGGUCCAUCCCGAUCUCGUUUCUGCUGUGUGCGGAAGACACGAUCGACGACGUCAAGCCGCCCAAGAAGAAUGUGCCCAAGUACUGCUGCAACAUGGACGGCUGUGACCGCGUCUCGCAGCGCUUUGGACUCUGCCACCGCCACGGCGGGAAGCGAGCGUGCAAGGCACCCAACUGCGAGUCCAAGGACCGCGGCAGCGGCUUCUGUAUCAAACACGGCGGCGGCCGGCCCUGUGAGAUUGCCACGUGCACGAAGAAGGUCCGGCGAAAGGGCGUGUGCGCGCAGCAUUUUCGCCAGCUCUACCACGCCUCGCCGUGACUUCAAGUCCCAAACCCCCACACUACUUCUUAUUUAGUCGAUCGACACUCUUUUAACGACAACUUGUGCGCC